AUGAAUAGUGUUUGCUAUCGGUGCAAUCGUUCUGGGCACUUCGCUCGAGAAUGUCCUUCGUAUUCUGGCGGAAGUAGCGGAGGAGGAGGAGGAGGCGGUGGCGGCGGCGGUGGUGGUGGCGGCGCCGGAGGACGUGGUAGCAGUGCAGGAUUUCGUGGCGGCAGUCGAGCUGCGCUUUGCUACAAUUGCGACAAAAUAGGACACAUCGCUCGUGACUGUCCGGAACCUAACAAGACGUGCUACUCAUGUGGAAGAUCAGGACAUGUAAGCCGCGACUGUCAGAUGGACGAGCGCCGUGCUGCGCAAGCCAGCAAGUGCUACGCAUGCGGGAAAUACGGGCACAUUUCCCGAGAUUGCAGCUACGACGAUCGUGACGGAAAGAAGUGCUACAAUUGCGGAUCUUCGUCUCACUUGUCUCGUGACUGUACGUCUGCUGCUCGCAACGGGGAUCAGGAUGAUCUGCGUGCAACGAAAAGGGGCACAUGGCCCGCACCUGCCGCAGUUGAUUCACUCGACGGUGCACAGACGAGCCAGCUAAACGACAAGGAAUUCGUGCUUAAUUGA